CGUCGCGACUCGCUCGAAGCGCUGCGAGCCAAGAUGGGUCAAUCAGGCAGUCAGCUGCUCCACGAGAUGGAAGCUUCUUCCAAUUUCUCUGCGAGCGAGAUACAGCGGCUCAAGCGACGCUUCAUGAAGCUCGACAAGGACGGCUCCGGCUCAAUCGACCGCGAAGAGUUCCUGCAGAUCCCGCAGAUCGCGAAUAACCCGUUAGCAUCUCGCAUGAUUGCCAUCUUUGACGAAGAUGGAGGAGGAACGGUCGAUUUCCAAGAAUUCGUCGGCGGACUCAGCGCCUUUAGCAAUCGAGGCGACAGGUCAGAAAAGCUGAAAUUUGCGUUCAAAGUGUACGAUAUGGACCGCGACGGCUUCAUCUCCAACGGCGAGCUCUUCCUCGUCCUCAAGAUGAUGGUCGGCAACAAUCUCAAGGACCAACAUCUGCAACAGAUUGUCGACAAGACGAUACUCGAAGCUGACCUAGACGGGGAUGGCAAGAUCUCCUUUGACGAAUUCCAGAAGAUGGUCGCCAAUACGGACAUUGCGAAGCAGAUGACACUCGACGAGCACUGGUAG